AUGAAUGAACGUAGGAUAGGAGAAAAUGAGAGCAUAUGCUUUACAACAUCGAAAUCAAGAAUUCCCCGAGAAAAACGUGAAAUAGUGAGGCCACUUUCUCGAAAGGAUAUAUUCUACUCAGGUUCUGUAAUAAAUCUUCCUGAAUACAAGAGUCAGAAAUCAUUAACAAGCUACAGGCAAAGCGUAAUUUCACUGCCCAAAUAUCCUCAGGAUCAAAUAGACAUCGAGGGAGAGGGAGGAGGAACAUGCUCACAGUGUUGUCCUGAAUCAUUUAGAUCAAUUUUGGGGACGAUGAUGGACAUGUCUUUGCUCAAAGAUCCCGUGUUUAUGCUCAUUAGCAUCAGCAAUUUGUUUGGCAUGAUGGGACUGUAUGUACCAUUUGUGUACCUGGUUGAUGCUGCAAUUCUUGAUGGAACUGAUUCCAACUCAGCAUCAUUUCUCUUGUCAAUUAUUGGUAUUACUAACACCGUGGGGAGAGUGGCAUGUGGCUAUCUAGCUGAUUUUCCUUGGAUGGACUCUUUGCUGCUGAAUAAUAUUUGCCUUGUUGUAUGCACAUUUGCUGUUGCUGCCACACCUUUCUGUCAUACCUAUGCAGCAUAUGUUGCAAUGGCAAUAUUUUUUGGUCUUGCUGUCUCUGGCUACAUAUCUCUCACAUCCAUCAUCCUUGUUGAUCUUCUGAGGCUUGAUAAGCUCACAAACGCUUUUGGCCUUUUGAUUUUGUUCAGAGGUGGUGCAGCAAUUGUAGGGUCACCACUAGCAGGAGCUGUAUAUGAUGCAACCAAGAGCUAUGCCAUACCUUUCUACAUGGCCGCUGCAUUCUUCCUUGUCUCAGCAGUGACCAGCUUCCUGGCACCAUCACUGAAACGCUGCCUAGCAUCACCUACUGCUCCACCUAUCCCUGAUGCACUUACUCCAAUUAAUGAGGAUGUGGAAGAAGAAAAUGAGCCAGAUGUUGUGCCAGAAAUUAUUGAGACUGCUCCUUCUCCAUCAGAAAUAAAACAAAUUGAGUCAGUAUUGUGAAAAGACAUUUAGUUUCCAAUGUCACCAAAGAUAAUAUUCACCUUAGUGAACAAUUUAUAUGCACAACUUAUAAUAUUUGUUGACUGACUGGACAGCACUCAAAAGAGGUC